CACACAGGCGGAUAGUUGUACAACUAAAUGGAACUGACGUCAGCGGACCCCAAAAGGCAGCGAAUUCAAAAAUUCAAAACAAACCCUAGAUUGUUGUUUUAACAUGCAAGUGUUUACGCUGAGCUAGCUGGCUGUUGCGGACGCGACCCAACUAAUCGAUUAGAUUUACGGCCCUCAAUAACAAUGGACGCGGAUGAGAAGCAGGACUCCGGUGGAAAUAAGUCGUUGGAAAUCGCGAGGGCUCCUUCCAUCGAGGAUUUCAUCGUUUUGAAGCCCAUCAGCCGCGGUGCCUUUGGCAAAGUCUACCUCGCACGGAAGAAGUGCAAUGAGCAAUUAUACGCCAUCAAGGUGAUGAAGAAAGCCGACAUGGUUGACAAAAACAUGACCGGUCAGAUGAAGGCAGAGAGAGACGCCCUCGCUUUGAGCAAAAGCCCCUUUGUGGUUCACCUGUUUUACUCCCUGCAGACUGCAACCAAGAUCUAUCUGUUAAUGGAAUACCUCAUUGGUGGAGAUGUCAAAUCUCUGCUUCACAUCUAUGGCUAUUUCGACCAGGACAUGUCUGUAAAAUAUAUUUCCGAGGUUGCACUGGCUUUGGACUACCUCCACCGCCACGGUAUAAUCCACAGGGACUUGAAGCCAGAUAACAUGCUUAUAUCCAACAAAGGUCACAUCAAACUGACAGACUUUGGCCUCUCUAAAGUCAAGCUUGACCAUGAGCUCAGUCUUGUGGAUAUCCUCACUACUCCAUCUUUGGCGAAACCCAGACAAGAUUACUCCCGCACACCGGGUCAAGUCCUCUCCCUAAUCAGCACCAUUGGAUUUAAUUCACCUACAGGAGAAAGCAAGCGUCACAGCAGCGCAUCCGCUGUGUCCAGUCCCAUGUCCUGUGGCAAAAUAAAACCGAGGAGUAGCUCUUUCGCUUCUCCUAUGAUGAAGAAAAAAGAUAGUCCGUACUCUCCGCUUCCUUGGAAAACCGGACCCAAAAACAUGAUGUUCAGCCCUCACUGCCUGGCUAAGAAUCUGACCCCCUCACUGCUGAAGACCAGGAAGAGGUUUGAGACGAUGAGUGCAGGGAGCACCGACACCGAAUGCGGCAUCAGUCCACUGUGGGAGUGCGAGGAGAAAGAAAACGAACAUGCUAAUGAACAAAAGGGGAGACGACAUUCUGAGUCCAGGUGGCCUGAGCAGGAGUCCGCAAAGAUGGCCGCCUUUGGCUUCUCUGACAGGGCCGCCGGCGCUCUGUCAGAAGACCACCGCGCGGGAAAGAGGCCUCCCGCAAACCAGCUGGAGCCGCUUUCCACAUCUCCGGACGUGGUUGGUCUCUCGGCCUCGUCGUUGAAGAGAAAAUUCUGUGAGGUCGAGAGAAGCCCCGAGCCGCGGGACAGCCAAGCCAAGAAGAGCAACGAGGCCUACAAGAGGUGCUGCGCGGUCCCAGAGGAGACGGCGAGGUCCCACACCGGCCUGACUGGAACGUUCUGCACCAUCCGGAUAGACGACUUCCUGGCCUCCUCGAAGGGGAUCGGGAUCCCGAAGCGCUCCAGCCCCAUCGCCUGCACCAAGAGCCUUUUCGGCGAGCUGGAGGAGCCGCCGCAGGACGUGUUCGACGACGGCGCCAAAGACCUGUCCGGCUUAGGCUCCACGUCGCCACUCGACGGGAACCGCGACAUUUGCAGGAGCUUGAGCCUCGACUCUGACGGCUCGGUGCACGAAACGUCUCUCACCAUCGACAGCCGCGCCCCUUUCGGGUCGCGCAAGCGUUCCAAAGGGAACAACUCCGCCGCGGCGGAGCCCGAGGGGAAUAACAACUCGUUCAUCACCGGGUCGCUCCCACAAACUCCGUCCCAAACACCCAAACCGGGUAACUUUGGCCGGCGGGGAUCUCAGUGCUCCGCUCUGAACCUGCACGAUGACUUCGCCGGGGUCGGACAGUCGCCCUCGUUCCUCAAGCCGCGUAACAUCGUGGCCUUCCGAAGCUACUGCAGCUCCAUCAACCGCUCCAACGCGUCCGGCGUGUCCCGGUUCAGCGUCGGCUCCAUCGAGGCCAUGGACUUCUCCAACGCGGCCUCCCACCACUCCGCCUCCGGCAUCGUGACGCCGGUGCAGAGAAGGCUGCGAUCCAACGGCUCAAGCUAUCAGACUCCUCAGCCCAUGUCGACCUCUCACACCCCCUUCAGGACCCCAAAGAGCGUCAGGAGGGGCGCGCUGCCCGUCGAAGGCGCACAAAUCUUAGGAACUCCGGACUAUUUGGCUCCGGAGCUUCUCUUGGGAAAACCGCACGGAAGUUGCCCGCGCGACUGCAUGGUGGAUUGGUGGGCGCUUGGUGUGUGUCUUUUUGAGUUCCUCACAGGCGUGCCGCCGUUCAACGACGAGACCCCUCAGCUGGUCUUUCACAAUAUUCUCAACAAAGAUAUUCCCUGGCCCGAGGAAGAGGAGGAACUGUGUGUGAACUCAAGAAAUGCGAUUGAAAUUCUUCUGACCGUAGACACGAGAAAACGAGCUGGUCUGAAGGAACUCAAGUGCCACCCCCUGUUCGAGGGCUUGGACUGGGACGACCUGCAGAACCAGCCGAUGCCUUUCAUUCCUCAGCCAGAGGACGAAACCGACACUUCGUACUUUGACGCGAGAAACAGCGCUCAGCACAUCGACGUGUCCGGCUUCAGUCUGUAGAGUCGCUCCCUUUAACAGUUUUAUUCAACUUUUGUCCGCUGGACACACGUAACAAUUCAGAAAUCCCCCAUAAUGGAUUCUGAUUUGUUUCUCUUUUUAGGGUUGUAACAUUCUUGUUUUUUUAAAACAUUUUACCUGCGCAAACGAAACUAAAUGUCUGCUCAUUUAGUUACGAGCUGCAGAAAGUAAGCUUGUUUUAAAUCUCUGUAUCACAGUUGUUCUAAAAGUAGGUUCUUAUUCUAGCAGGAUAGUAUUUGCUACUGCGUUACCUUCCUAAUAGGCUUUGAUUUCCUUUUCCUGUAUUGAUUAAAUGUAAGAUAACUGUAUAUGUUGAUGAAGGGUUGUGUUGAUGACUAGGUGGGCGGGUCCCCUGAAUUUCUCUUUAAGGGUGCUGAAGAAAAACAUGGUAAUAUAUUCAUGAUAAUCUAUUUUAUAUGUAAAUCUUGUCCUUGGUUUUAGAGUACUUUGUGUUUUUUUGCUGCUUUUAUGUCACGUGUUUGUCAUUUUGAUGUGUCCGUUUUCCACACAAGUUUUUUAGACGAACAAUCUUGUUCGCUCUAAGAAAAAGGUGAAAUACAAAUAAAAUAUUGUUUGUAACAUGAUCUCCAUUGUACCAGAUGUAAAGGUCUAAAGUGUUCAUUAAAAGCCCUUAAAGUAUAUUAA